AUGGCAGAAUUAGGUGAUAAUUCUUCUCUCCUUAGAAGCAAGAUCCAAAAAAUAAAAUAUCAAUCAGCGUUUUAUGUUCUAUCGUUUUUGGUGCCAAACUUAUUGAUAAUAUUCGCCUCAUAUGAAAUUAGAGCUAUUGGUUUUGCGGUUGUCACAAUGCUUCCAUACCUUAUAUUAGGACUAUUUGGAUAUUUUUCUAUAAGGACUGGAAACAGUUUUUUAUUUGCAAUUUAUGGGAUUUUAGCGAUUGUUCUUUCAGUUUUGAAUGUUGUGUUGGUGAUUUUUUCAAUAAUUAGCUUAGCAUGAGCGAGUUUUGAGUAUGGUUCAAUUUGCCCAAAUAGGCAUGAUGAAGACUGCAAUUUCAGCCGAGGAAUUGUUAUGCUACUUAUGAUACUUAAUAUUUUGACUAUAGUUAUAGGAACCUUAUUUGCGAUUUUAUGCUGCAAAUUAUUAACUUGAAUAAAUAUUUUACAGAUGAGCUGUCAAAUACUAGGAUGGUAUUUAAUUUGAUUUAGCAUACUUGCUUUCUCAGCAAAGUAUGGGAUUCAAUGCCGGAGACUUAUAGAUGAGUCACCGGUUGCUCAAGGCUAUGUCUCAUAUGUGUAA